AGGUGAAAGACGAUUGCGUCCCGUGGUGCUUUUGUGACGGGCCCCGCUUAAUGCGCCGUGCCCGACAACAGCUGAUUGCGCCGAUUCAAUGGGAAUAUUAUUUUCAGAUAUUCUGAACUUUGAGCCGGGCGCUUUAUUAUUGUUGUGUAGGGCUGAAAGAUGCAACAUUAUUCCCAGCUGUACCAUAUCGUUGAAUGGUAGUUAGUAUACUCUUGUGUGCUAUCUGAGACCAGGAGUCAAUCACACUGGAGAUUAGCCUCUGUCGGUUCGCACGCUGGGUAAACCUAAACUCUCAACCACUAACGAGGACAACUUUAUAGAUUUUUUUCACGCCAGGAGUUGACAACGAACGACAUAAUCACCUUUAAUUUGCUGGAACGACUGGUCGUGACGCAGUGCAUGCAGUGAUCUAUUUGCCAUUGCGCUGUAUAGAAACUUACAAGAGAAUAUUACUCCUGAGGAAUUUGUAUACCUGAACAGUCUUCCUUACAAAACAGCCAUGACAAACCAAGCUGGUCAAAAGGACGAGAGCUUCUUCAAGCAGCUGUGGGCCAAUUUCACAAAUAUCCUUCCGUUUUCAAGUGACAACGAUGUGCCAGACGAGGCAACAGGGCUGACGAAAGAACAGAAGGACCAGAUCAAGAAAUCAUGGGAUGUCGUCUGCACCAUCAAGACCAAGUUCGGAGUGGAACUGUUUGCAAAGUUUUUCGAAAGGCACCCAGCCGCUCAGCAGCACUUUGCCCAGCUCAAAGACAUGACGGACUUGGAGGUCCUCAAGAAGAGCUCCAAGAUGCGCGCCCACGGCUACCGGGUGGUGUCCGCCUUUUGCUCCCUGGUCGAGAACCUAGACACGCCUGAUAUCUUCAUUGAGCUCCUCACGAACACGGGCUACUCACACAGCCUCCGGACUGUGCCUCACCACUUCUUCGAGGACCUUGGACCGGUGUUUCUGGACGUGAUGACCGAACAACUUGGGGACAAGUUUACGCCAAAGGCCAAAGAGGCCUGGGGUUUGGCCUACACCUUCAUGUGCAAGGUCAUCUUGGGCGCCAUGGACGAAUGCGAGGGCCAGGGCGCGAAAUGAUGCCCACGCGAGAUCUCGUUUUUGAACAGACGUGAUUCAAGUCGUUAGUCGGUACGGGAAUUGGGUUUAUAGCACGACAGUAACAUGGAAUUGCAUGAGCUCCAUGAUGAAAGGUGAUAAUACACAAAAUGUACCAGUUCUAAGCGCCGUUUUAUACCUCACCUGAUCACGAAUGCGACUAGAAAUUUUGACAUCACCAAGUGAGGCGUUCAUCUACAGAGGACAAAAUAUACUUUACCAUUACACUUUUCACAGCGGUUUGCCUCGCAUUCUUAAAUCGCGUUGAGCAGAAACCGGGCUUAAAACCUGUACAACUUAGACGAUAGAACUGGCAGGAAAGUACUUAAUUCAACCACUAAGGACUUGAAUCACGUCCAGAUAUUCCCGGAUUAAUUCUUAUCAGUAAUUCUGUGGGCGCCCUACCCAUCACUAAUAUGCAAUUCGCAAACUUUGGGAUAUACUGGUUUCCCGUGGAAACGAAAUCAAGACUUAGGGCCUAUGAUAUAGCGAGACUUUUCGGUUUACUAGACUAGUAUGUUAACAUAUUCUACGGAAGCCUGACGGUACCACUGGGCAGGGUGAAUAUUUUAAGAUGGUAAGUAUAUGUGGCGGCAGCCAGACAGUAAUUGGGUGGCCGCCAGAUUUGCCCAGAUAACGCAAAAAAUGAACAUGUAUAUUCAGCUCAAUGCUCAAUCUGUAUCCUGGAGGUAUCAUCCGGCUUCGGUACAAUAGUCUGCAUACUACACCUUUUAUGAAAAUUAAUUUAAUACCGUUGUAUUUGUAUUGGAAAAUAUCGGUGGAUCAAAGUAAUGAAUUAUAUCAAUUCUCCGAUGGGGAAAAUUGAUAGAGUUUUUAAAAAAGGAAUUCUUUAUCAUCAAAGGAACUUUAAAGAGAAAAGAAAUAGAUGAGUGAUUAGCAAUAUAAAAGUUUCAACAAUGGUAUACAAUGAAAACCAAAUUGGCCUACCCCAUUGGAAAUCCUGUAUCUACAUGUCAUGCAUACAAUGGAAAUUGGUUCCUUGAGCUAACCUACGUCUUCACGACGGUACUUUAAUCUAAGCCAUGUCUUAUUGGUAACUGUAAAUUGGGAACAUCAUUCCGGCUUUUUUGAUGGGUUUUAAAAAAUCGUUCCCGCUCAUUAGCACAAUUUCAUGAAAUCUGGCGAAGUGGCAUGGUUGACAAGUUAGUUCCAGAUGUGGGAAUGUGACAAAUACAGUUUCUCUGUCAUAGUAAAACAUAGAAGGUAUACAACAUAACCUCAAACUUUGGUACGGGUACGUGUCAGGUACACACAGGUAAAGUUGACGAAAUUCUGGUUAAAUGAGGGAAACAUCAAACUCCACGUUUGUCUAAACAAAAUGACAAACAUUAAUGACUGCACUUGUCUGCAUGUUCAUCCUUGAUACCGACAGAGGGCGCUUUGCUAUAGCGACGAAAAGCAUGGAGUACCCAAGCCAAUUCUCAAAACAAAAAGCACUUUUUAUACGGCGAUUUCACUGAAAUCUAUGUAGAUGAUAGAGUUGUUUUGUAAUGGUAAAACUUAUAUAAUCACUUUGAUAACGUGUGGAUUUACAAAAAUAAUAUGGAUAACUAAUGCGGUGUAGUCUGUAAUUUGCUAUUUUGUUUAUACGCAAUCAUAACUAUUCCAAGUUGGCGACUGUACUCGUUUGUAGAUACACAGUAGUAAUGAUAUUUAGGCACGUCAGUGGAGUUGAUGUCGUAGAGGAGGGUAUAUUGUGUUAUAUUUGAUUUAAUAUCCAAUACAAGCGAAUUUUAUCAAACACUAGUAUCUGUGUUAGUUGUAAAUAAAAUAUAAAUCUAAUGGGGAUUUGGGGAUCCAUGAGUCUUUUCCAAAACGUUAUUUUCUAUUCGUAUAUUCGUUAUCAAUUCCAGCUUUUAAAGCUUCAUUGUAAAUAAAGCAGUAGGCUUGUACUAAUUUUCCUGGAAAUAAUAAUGAAAUGCACGGUUUACUUAUAUAUAGGCCUAUGUCGAAAAUAGUCAGUUUUUUUUCAAUAUAAGUGUCCAACCAACUUGAUAUUAGUUUGGUGCAAUCCAACGACCGGUCUAAUAUUUGUUUCAAGGCUCUUAAAAUCAAAAAUAAGUUGUUAUAACUUAUAACCCUAAACAUACCUCUGUUAUGUAUUUAUAAAUGACAGUUUUUGUAACAAAAACAAAAUUGUGAGAAGACGACGCAAAAAAAGCGUCCAGUAAACCAGUCAUACAGAAAAUAUCAAACUAUAUAAUUCCCCGAUUUUUGUUUUAAAAAAUUGAUUGGGUAGCCGGUGACAUAUAAAAUCUCUUUCGGAUCAACAAACAUAUCGUCUUUUUCUUAUAGUUUUGGGUUUGGGUUAAAAUUUUCAUUUUUUAAAUUUUGUAAACUGGUUGUGUGCAUAUUAUUUUUAAAAGUAGUUACCUUUUUAGAGAGUCAUUUUCUUUGGCUCUGAGCUCGUAUUGAUAGCCAGUGUUGUAGUAGAGCCUUCUUUUCCGAGUUCAACAAAUCCACCGAUUUCUGAAUAAGGUUAUCUAUCAAGAAUAGGCCUGAGACCUAAUGACGUCACGCUUUGUUUACAUGUGCGCUUUUCUAUGUGGUUGACGGUCCCUACUUCGUCUGGCGCCCCGACUUCGCUCCCAUAGGAAAGCGCAUAUGUAAACAAUGCGAUUACGUCAUUAGGUCUUAGGUUUAUUCAACCUCAUUACUAAAGCUGUGCUGACUGAGUAGGAGACGAGUGUUUGGACUCACAACUAAGAAAUGUGCAAAACGCUCGCCAAAAGGACUCGGAUUCAAGCCCCAGAUACUCGGGCAAAACUACCUUUUGGGGUGAAAUUCCUAUUACUAUACCAAAACUAUAAAUUCAUAAGCAAGAGCUAAAUUCUUUACUGGUCCAUUGGCAAUUACCACUUGCUAUUUACCAAAGGCACACGCGAGGAUUCGCGUGCAGGGUAAAUACUCAUCCGCAGCCGACUACUACGCAUGCGCUUUACUAAGAAAUCGUAGAACUAUCCCAACAUAUAUACAGCAAGGUUUUUGUUUUACCACGAUAUACUGAUAAGUAUUACUCGACGAAAUGUUGGUGAAUUUAUGUGAGGCUUAUAUUAAAACCAAUGUAACAUGGUUUGGUUUGGUGGAUAUUCAAAACUAUCCAACCUCCAACCAUGUUAAAUUUGUACAUUAGCUCCUCUCGGUACAUUAUAUUUCAGUGCAUUUGCCGAUCUCAGCAAAGAACCUGACUACAGCACUGUUACAUAUAGCAUUAAGUUCCGUAAAAACCUCAAGAAUACUACAAUAUAAUUAUGUAAAUUAUAGAAAACUAGAUAUAAAGGUUAUUUUAUUGUGCCUAGUGGCUGUAUAUUAAAUCUCGGUAUGGGGUUGGUGGAGGGGUUUCGUUAAAGUCAAAACAUGUCAUUAAAAUUGUAUGUGGUUUCGAUACUGUUAUACCAUUCAAGUAGGAAAUAAAGUAUGGAGUAUAAUAUCCAUUAUCGAUAAGCUACAACGAA